AUGGACUACGACCACUUCCUAUCCAACGACCUCGCCGCCCUCGACACCACCACCCUCCCAGCCGACGACCAAUUCUGCAGCAUCUGCCGCCUCCCCUACGAACCCACCGGCUCCACCACCGACCCGGACGACAUCGACCCCUCAAACCUCGCCUCCCUCCGCGAGCUCCCCUGGACCUCAACCUACGCGCACAGCGCCGCCGUGCAACUCCCCUGCACCCACAACUUCGACGCCGCGUGCCUGCACCAAGCCUUCGAAACCGGCAACUCAAACCGCUGCCCCCUGUGCCGGCGCGUGCUCUUCCGCCCGCCCUUUAGCAUGCGCCUCGACGGCGCCGACCGCCCCAUGGCGCUGCACGGCGAGCUGGCGGCCUUCAAGGCGCUGCCCACGCGGCUGUUUCUGAGGAGCAAGCGGUGGGGGGCGGGGUGUUGCCGCGAGACGAUGACGGUGUACGCGCACAGCAUGACCAGCCGGCUGCUCGAGAUGAUGGCGGAGGUCGCGGCGCGCCUUGAGCGAACGCCAGGGCCGAAGGCGUCGUGGACGCAGGCGGACAAGGACGUGGCGCGGCUGCUGCUGCGGCGCGCGAUGGUGGUGCCGGAGGGGUUGGGGGCGGAGAGCCGCAGGGCGUUGAGGCAGACGGCGUGGUUGCCGCCAUUUUGGAGGUUUCUGGCGGAUGAGGAUGUUUAUAGGCAGUUUAAUCGGUGGAGGAGUGUGCUAAGGCGGUUGAAUGAGAGCGCGAAGGCGCCGUGGGAGUUGGGGGAGGCGUUGGAUGAGGUUAGGCUGAGGCCGCUGUAUGGGAAGCUCCCUGCGGAUGGGUUUCAUAGGUGGGCGGCUUUGACGACGAGGUUUUUUGUUAAUUGGCAUUUUGAGAUGCAGUUGUUUACGGGUGAGGAGGUUUUGAGGUUGGCGAAUUUGAUGGCGCAGACGAGGGGGGCGGGGUCUUGGGGGGAGGAGGGGGCAUAUGGGGAGUUGUUGAGGUGGUAUGCGUGUAUAUAG